CAGACCCGGAAAUGAACCAAUAGUGAGACGAACGGCUCUGCAUCCGCCUUUGCUGCUCCUUGUUGAGGGAGCAAAAGUCUGUCAAAACAUGAGUUUCCACUACGGACAGGGCUAUCCAGGAGGAGGUAACCCACCUCGAGGUGCUCCAUAUGGUGGAGGAGGUGCUCCGUACGGGGGAGGAGGUGCUCCCUAUGGCCAUCACCCCUCUGCUCCAUAUGGAGGUGCUCCAGGUGGUUACGGAGCUCCGGGCCACGGAGGGCAGUACGGGCAUGGACCAGGGGGUGCCCCCGGCGGACCUUAUGGAGGUUAUGGGGCGCAGCCUCAUGGAGGGAAUUAUGGACACCACGCUCCUGCAGGUAACAUCCCUCCCGGUGUUAACCCAGAGGCACACCAGUGGUUCCAGACAGUGGACACAGACCGCAGCGGCUUCAUCAACUUCAAAGAGCUGAAGCAGGCACUCGUCAACUCCAACUGGUCGGCCUUUAAUGAUGAGACCUGCCUCAUGAUGAUCAACAUGUUUGACAAGACGCGAUCAGGACGAAUAGACCUGUUCGGCUUCUCUGCACUGUGGGAGUUCAUGCAGCGAUGGAGAGCUCUCUUCCAGCAGUAUGACAGAGACCGCUCAGGCACUAUCAGCAGCACAGAGCUACACCAAGCCCUCGCCCAGAUGGGCUACAACCUGAGCCCCCAGUUCUCAGAGAUCCUGGUGCAGCGCUUCUCCUACCGAGGUGCACGACCGGGCAUCCAGCUGGAUCGCUUCAUCCAGGUCUGCACCCAGCUGCAGACCAUGACCCAGGUGUUCAGAGAGAAGGACACCAGCAUGACUGGCAACAUCCGUCUCAGCUAUGAGGACUUCCUCUGUGGAACCGUCACCAGGCUCAUGUGAGCCUCAUCUUUCCUGUGGAUUCGCGACGCCAUUCCAUGAUCAGGACAUAUUUUGCACAGUUUUCAUUGCACUCCCAAAAUUAGUGAUACUUAUACAGUCUUAUUGAGCCAGUGUACGUCAUUCCAUAGCUUGUUGCUCUGAGAAUAAAUUGAAACCAAAGCCACAUAUUUGAGACCAGAUCAGCCACCAUAAUGCAGCUUCUUCUAAACUAUGUGAAUUUAAUUGCAGCUGUUUUAAUGGUACUUGACUGAAAUCAUGACGCAUUCAGUCACACUGAGUUUAGUUUGCAGAGUUUCCCUGAUGACAAAGCUGACAACAAUAGCUGUUUUCAUGCACACAUUCCUCAAAAUGUUUAGAGAAUUUCAAGCAGACUGCAGCUGAAAUCACCCUGGUUGUUCACACACACGCACCUCACAAGAGGAAACAAGCCCUAAUGGAUGGGAGGGGAGGGGCGAGGGUGUCCCGGGUCAGGAGUAGCAGAGUCUGUUAUAAAUGUUACGGUGAGAAUGUUUGCCUUUACACCAAUUCUAUGUGUAGUAUAUGUAUGUAAAGUAAUGCAACAGUCCAAUUAUGUGCAAUGAGCCUGCAACAUAAAGUCUGUAGUCAUGUACAGAUUGUGCAGAGUUCUCUCCUGGUGAAUUCUCCUGGUUAUUUCCAGCUGGGUUCUCACAGCAGCUCAUUUGGACUUCACAUUAAAAUUCUAAGAGGCUGGCUGGAAAAAACCUGGAUGAAGUCUGAGUGAAAAAAAAAUCAUUUGUUUGUGUUUAAACAUGCAGCUCAUCCUGAAAAUUUAAAGAUAAGGGUGUGGGAUAGGAUUUUUUUCAUGGCCAAAUCAGGAUUUUAGGGCUAAAGGCCUCUGCACACAGAGUGUGUUUUUUUUGUCUGAAAUUGCUGCAUGUUAAAAAAGAAAUAUGUUAAUCAUGUUUGCACGCUUUUUUCACAUCCAUCAAAGUUAACUAAACUUACGCCUGCCCAUUAAGAGCAGCAGCUGCAGCUCACUCUCUCUUACUCUCUCUUUUGCACUGAAACCCGACUUAAUGCAUUGUGAUAUGCAUGUGUUUUUAGUGGGUAUCAACCAUGGAACAUCAUAGAUAAAGGCCAACAUUUUUACUCACAGCCACGUAACAAACUCGGCACUUGGAAGAGCGUCGUGAUGUACAAGCAUGUGCAAAUACCCAUAUUAAGGUGUCUCUCCUUUGCAGUGCAAGACCAUUUUGCAUCUUACUGCAAAUUCAAUGCAAUUACUAGAAAAAUAAAUGCACCAUUCUCUGCUUGCAAGGUUCAAGUAUGAUGUUUUUCAUCUUUACAGAUCCGAAAAACUCAUCCAAAAUAACAGACUCAGCAUGCAAAGACCCUAAAUCUGUGUAAAGUAAUGUCUGGUAGCCUGUACUACCAUCUUCCUGCUUUGGUGGCUCAUUGACACAUUCUAUUUCUUCUUAAUCUAAGAUUGUCCUAUCACACAGCCCUACUUCAGGAGCGUGGAAGCAGCUGCUCGGUCUCGACUGCAUGGAUUUAAAAGACUUGAGGAGGGAACAUUCAUAGAGAUGUUCUCUAAUCAACUGCACGGCAAUGAUUGUACUAACUAAAAUAACAUCACUUGUAAAUUAUCUCACAUUGCAGAAACAGGAUUGAUUUUUAUACAUACAUUAACAUUCAGAUGUAAUCAUCAGCAUAUCAGGAGUAUUCAGUGUUCCCUCAGUGUCCAGGCAAUGUUUGCCCAUUAUAUUAAGCAUUACCUUGUAUUAAAGGGGUAGUAAAUGUAUAAUUACUUUCUCGCCUAAUGUGGUGGUGGGGUAAAGUGUUUAUUAAAGAUUUAGUAACUGAAUAAUAAUUAAAUAUACAGGAAUUUAAGAAUUUAUUUUAGAUUUUACUAACACUUACUGCUGUAAGCCAGUGCAGCGUUUAAAAACAAACUGUUGCCAAAAUAUCAGUGACUUCAAGCUUUUCUCUUGCAUUUUUUCCACUUUUAUCUCAUUAAGAAAAGGUCCUCUGAGACUGCAGGGCUAGUACAUUCAUGCUAAUAAACUUGACAAGCAUGCCAAAACAGUUCUCAAUGGCCAAAACAAAAUAGGCUUUUAUAUCGCUUUUUUAAGUAUGAAUAAUCCCCUUUGAAUAUUUUUGCAAUGCAGCAAAACAAAGCUUCUUUCUGUUUAGGAUCUGUUUAAGUUAAUGUGAAAUCAAUGAUGUGAUUUCUCUGAAUUUAAAGGAAAAAUGUUGCAUAAAUAUCACUUGGCUUUUAAUAAAGCAGAUUUUGUACU